GACGUGAUCGAUAAAAAUUUAAGCAAGUGUGGGCAAGUGUCUUUACGGCCCGGAAGAGAUAAAAAUAUUCGGCUGCAUUCUUUCUUCUGCAACUUCCAUGACCCAUGGUCGCCUCUCAAUCUGACAAGCCCAUUCCUCGUCCUUACAAGUGUCCAUAUCCUCUAUGUGGUAGGGCCUUUAGCCGCCUCGAGCAUCAGACUCGUCAUAUCCGGACUCACACCGGCGAGAAACCUUUUGCCUGCAACUUUCCGUCUUGCGAGAAACGAUUCUCCAGAUCGGACGAGCUCACUCGACACUCACGAAUACACAACAAUGACGCUCCAAAGCAACACAAAGCCUCCACAAAACACACCGACGCCCCAUCAGAAGGAGGGACGGUAAAGAAAAAGGCAAAAAGUAGAGCCAACAGUGAUGACGAGGGGGAGACCUAUGCAAGGCCAACGUCCACAACCUACGAAGACCCACAAAAACGCCGUUCCCACUCAACCUCAUUCACAACACUUUCAUCGCUUGCUAUAGAUGAACUAGUCGCUUUGGAGCGCGAAGAAGCAUUGCGGCGAGCACAAUAUGCGGCUAAGCACGCACAGGCGUUACGUCGUGCGGAAUCAGAGGCACGUUCUCAAUUCCAGCUGCAUCAACGGCACCAGCAACACCAUCAUCGGUCAUCUAAUCCUUAUCCGGCCCCUUUCCAAGCCUCCUUCGCCGAUAAUCGCCUAUCCAAAAGUGCCACGACUUCCCCAGUCCCUACCCCGCUCUAUACGCCUCUCAGUUCCACAAGUGACAGGGGCUAUUUCGGACUCUCAAAUGAAAGAGAGAACGAGAACGAGGGCGACGAGGCGAAGAUCUAUUCUACUCCAGAGGAUGAUGAUAGCCUGAUAUUGGUUGACGAUCUGGAACGAGCGAAAGAACUCAAGGCCACAAGAAGGCUUAGUGGCCCCGCUUACUUCACGACACCGGGCGCAGUCGACCGUGCAGAUGCUAGCACAGCAUCGGGAACAUCUUCAAGUUACCUAAGUCAGUCUCGUUCUACAGGACAUCUGGUCAGCCUAGGCGGCCAUCAUAACCAUCAUUCACACCAUGGAUGGGCACAUCCAUACCAUCAUCCCCCCGAUCCCAUCUACGCCCACGGAAGGAGAGCGCAUGACUCUCCUUCACCCAUGUCUUCGGACUCGGAGGGUGCACAGGUGCAAAUGCAUAGGUCUAAGUCACAUCAGGGCAACGCACGUACACCCCAUGCGAACUCCCGACAUCCAUCUCAAUACAGUAACAACACUCUUCCGCCGCCAUUGUCGUCAUCACCCUCUACUACCACGGCUUCGGCCUCGACCUCUCCACAUUCAUUCCAUCUCCAGCCACAAUCUUACCCUACCUACCCGCGCUCUGUCCCCAAUUCUCCCCCAAAAUCAAGUCCGCUUACUUUUGGUUCUUCGAGCGGUGUGCUGUAUAAAUCCCCCUCGUCCGCGGAGUUUCCCACUCCGGUAGCUCCGGUAGCUUACACGCCCAGCACAAGUCCUUUCCUUGGACCACUACGCGGAUUGAACUUGUAUUCCACGAACACAUCAAGGGCCCCCAGCCCAGUCUCAUUGCCUCCACCUGUCCAUGCGUCUUCACCUAACGACCUUCCCUCUCAUUACCGGAACCAUCAUCGCCAUCAUCACGGUACGCACCAUCCAUACAGAGACUCGAAGGGAGACUACCAUUCCCAUCACGCAGCGCAUCUGAUUGCGGCUAAUGGCAGUUCUAGUCCCGAUAGUAUUCUCCACGUGGAUCUGGGGUCAGGACCGGGUAGUGUGGAGACGGGGAGAACCGCGUCAAGUACCCCGACUGGACACCCGCCAUCAUAUAUCCGUGAAGUCAGGAGUGCGGAUUCAUCAAGGGCUUCGUCUCCACUGCAUUGGGAACACCCGCCGAAGACCCAGACUCACUUGGCCCAUUCAGUUAGACUCGCGUUUGGAAUGACACCUAUACACCCAAAGCUCCCGCUUUCAUCUAAACGAUCGAUGUCGCCUGCACGGGUUCCGUCACCGAGCUCCCAUCCCCAUCACAAUCAAUUGGGAGCAAGCAUUGUACCCGGUGGAAUGUUUCCUAUCUCAAUGCCUCCGUCGAGAAGUAGCUCGCCACCCAUUACUCUAGCACCGCUGAAGUUACCGACAGGCAAAGAGGAGGACAGCAACAAAGAGGUAAAGGGCGACAAUGAUGAGAACUCAAAGAGGGACGAUUCGGCGCAAACGAAAGUUGAGUUACCUGGAUUCAGCGUCUUUGAAGCAGCGGCGAGAGGACAUGUGGUUGCCAUGGCGGUUGAUUCGCCUGUAGCGGCAGCUGUGAGAUAACAGCUCCAUUUUUUGACGACCGAAUCAUCUUAUAGACUAUGCUAACUAUGCUACCAUCCUCUUCCCUACUUAAUCACGCCCUCAAUCACCCCAUCUCAUCAAGUCAUUAGUUGAUAGAAUUUUUUUUUGACUUUUUUGUUUGUUUUCGACAGUCAACAGGGUCUAGAUUAGAACCCUCCCCAUAGACGAUUUUACCCACCCCCAUAGAUUCUUGUUCUUGAGCAUAUGCAUAUGGGUUAUUAUGUAUUCACACACUUGCUAUUCUACCUAUCACUAUCGUCUCUAGUACACAAGUACAAGUACAGCUAUUGUCGUAUUUGUAGCGUUCCUUCAACAAUCCUCAGACAGUGAAAGGCCCA